UUUCUAACCCCCAUGCACGUCGGGCGCCUGGCUUUGGAAUACGGCUCGUGGGUUUGAGCGCCCCCGCCCCGGAAAACCCUAGGGAAAUCGCGGGUCUGACCACCCUUUGUGGGGCUUCUAUUUCUGGAAAAUCCGUAUCCCCAAAACCCCGAUUAAAUGCAAUCUCCUAAUUUUAUUUUGGUGCUAAAACCCGCAAUUUAGAACCGUAAUGUUGAAUCUAUUAACUAAAAAGUCGAAAACCCUCAGCCUCAAAAUCUGUUUAUGGGAGAAUUGUGUUGCUUAUUGGAAAAAUUAUGUUAUUUGCUACAUCUUUGGACUAAACCCUCCAUUUAUUGUUAUUGAAGGGUUUGUUUGAAGGAUUUGGGCAUACCUUCAAAUAGGCAAAGUUGGCCAAAUUGGCAAGGGAGUUGAUAUUGUUCAAUUCUUAAGCGUAGACUGCUGAGCAUUGGGAAAUAAGCUAGCUAUGAUUUUCAAGUGAAGUUUAAGAGUGAUGGAGUUAGGGUUAAAUUUAUCGCUAAGUUGGCUUGCUUGCUUGUAAAGUUCAUAUUGGUGGAUUCACCCAUCCUAAAUAGGUUGAAAUUGACUUUCGCGAGAUUGCUCAUUGAAAUGGAUUUGACAUACUAGUAAUCACCAUAAGGUGAUCUAGUGUCUAGUGUUGAAAAUCUAUAAUCUGUAACAAAUGUAACCAAUAUGGACGUUGUCUUUGUGACUAAUGGAGAACGGUAAUCCAAUACAUAUGCUGAUUAAAAUCAAAAGCCCCAGUGCCCUACUACAUGCUCACAGUAAAGGGUUUCAAAUGGUGACACACCAUGGAAAAGCACUACGAUUUUCCACUGCCACUACAAUGCGAACCUUUGAUGCUUUAAAAGACUUUAACAUGUACAAUACAAUGAUGAAUGUGAAGCCACCAUUCAUAAUGAUAGCAAUGAUGAUAUGGGAGAAGGUUACAAUGAUCUAGUGGCUGUUGUAGAAAACCCAUACUCCCUACGAAUAACAUUGUUUUUUAGAUUGUUAGGGGUCUGAUGGCAGUUAGGAUGACAUUACUUCUGGGCCCUCCAAGUUCAGGAAAAACUACAUUUCUGCGAGCACUUGCAGGGUUGCUGGAUAGUGAUCUAAAGGUAAGCGGAAGGAUAACUUAUUGUGGGCACGAGCUGAAUGAAUUUGUGCCUGGAAGAACUUGUGCGUAUGUUAGUCAGAAUGAUCUUCAUUAUGGAGAAAUGACAGUAAGAGAGACGCUAAAAUUUUCAACGCAGUGCUUGGGGGUAGGCAGUAGGGAUAAUCUGCUACAAGAACUUUUAAAGCGUGAAAAACAACUAGGAUUUUCACCAUCUUCUGAAGUGGAUUCAUUCCUUGAAAGAUUAGCUACCAAAGAUGAAGAAAUAAGCCUAGUCAUAGAAUACAUGUUGAAGAUACUCGGCUUGGAUUUAUGUGCUGAUACUUUGGUGGGUGAUGAUUUGAGAAGAGGUAUUUCCGGUGGUGAAAAGAAGCGUCUCACCAUUGGUGAAAUGUUGGUUGCACCUGCAAAAUUAUUGUUAUUGGAUGAAAUAUCAACAGGACUAGAUAGCUCAACGGCUUUCCAAAUAUGCAAGUGUAUAAGAGAAAUGGUUCAGAUAAUGGACAUGACAACUAUAAUCUCUUUGUUACAACCUACACCAGAAAUCUUUGAACUUUUUGAUGAUGUAAUACUACUUUCAGAUGGACAAAUAGUGUACCAAGGUCCAUGCGAUCAGGUUCUAGAAUUCUUUGAAAAUGUGGGCUUUAAGUGCCCAGCAAGGAAAGGAGUAGCAGAUUUUCUUCAAGAAGUAACCUCUAAAACAGAUCAACAGCAAUACUGGUUCAAGAACCAAAUUUCCUAUCAAUAUAUUUCUGUUGCUGAACUUGCUGAGAAGUUUCAAUCUUUCCAUGUUGGACAGAAGCUAGGACAUGAUCUUAAGACAUUAUAUGCCAAGGAUGAAGUUCAUCCUCUUGCUUUGGUUAAAGAAAAGUAUGGCAUCACCAACAAGGAACUUCUUAAGACAUGUUUCUCAAGGGAAUGGUUAUUAAUGAAGCGGAAUUGUUUGCUUUACAUUUUUAAAAGUGUCCAAGUAAUGAUCAUCGCAAUCGUGACUAUGAGUGCAUUCUAUAGAACUAGGAUGCACCAUAACUCAGUGAUCGAUGGUGAAAAGUAUAUUGCUGCUCUAUUUUUCGGUCUUGCAAAUUUUGUGCUGAAUGGAAUGACAGAAACUAAUUUAGCAAUAAUGAGGCUCCCAAUUUAUUUUAAACAAAGGGAUCUCCUAUUUUAUCCUGGAUGGGCUUAUGUGCUUCCUGUUUGGAUCCUUAGUAUCCCUUCAUCACUCAUUGAAUCAGGAUUGUGGACUAUUAUUACGUAUUUCACAAUUGGCUACUCUCCUGUUGCCACCAGGUUUGCCUAUCAGUGGCUUACUUUCUUCUGCAUCCAUCAAGUGGCUCUAUCACUUUUUAGAUGUGUUAGUGCCUUGGGAAGAACCCUUGUUAUUGCCAACACUAUGGGAAUGAUUUUAUUGCUACUUACUUUUGUCCUAAGUGGUUUCAUCAUUGAAAAAGAUGCUAUUGCUCCAUGGAUGAUGUGGGCAUACUACCUUUCGCCUAUAAUGUAUGGACAGCAUGCUUUGGUCAUUAAUGAAUUUCUUGACAAAAGGUGGAGCAUUCCUAAUACAGAUCCCAGAAUUAAAGAAAAAACUAUUGGUGAAGUCGUCAUAGUAUCAAGAGGCCUUUUCAAUCAUCAGUAUUGGUUUUGGAUAAGCAUUGGAGCGUUGCUUGGGUUUUCUCUUAUCUUCAAUGUCAUUUAUACAAUAGCAUUGACAUACUUGAAUCCUAUUAGUGAUUCAAAGUCUAUAGUGGAAGAUGAUCAUAACAUAUCACCAGGAAAUGUUUUUAGCUGUGAUGACUCUUCCACACUAAGCCAUUCAACUAUGCAAGAUGCUCCACUUUGUUUGCCUUUUCGACCUCUUUCUGUCACCUUUAACCACAUUAACUAUUACGUUGAUACACCACAUGAAAUGAAAACGUUGGGUUUUAAAGAAGAUCACUUAAAGUUAUUAAAAGAUGUGAGUGGUGCUUUUCGCCCAGGAGUAUUGACUGCAUUGUUAGGUAUAACUGGUGCUGGAAAAACCACUCUAUUGGAUGUUUUGGCUGGUAAAAAGACAAGUGGAUAUAUUGAAGGUAGCAUCAAGGUAUCCGGUUAUCCAAAGGACCAAGUAACUUUUGCCAGAAUAUGCGGAUAUUGUGAACAAGUUGAUAUCCACUCUCCUUAUGUAACUGUUUAUGAUUCUCUUCUAUACUCAGCUUGGCUGCGUCUUCCUCCAAACAUUGGCUUCAAAACACGAAAUAUGUUUGUGGAAGAAGUAAUGAAUUUAAUGGAACUUCAGCCAAUAAGGGAUAGAAUUGUUGGCUUACCAAGGGUGAAUGGGCUUUCAACUGAACAAAGGAAGAGAUUGACCAUAGCAGUUGAGUUGGUAGCUAACCCAUCGAUUAUAUUCAUGGAUGAGCCAACAUCUGGACUUGAUGCUAGAGCUGCAGCCAUUGUCAUGCGUACUAUUCGAAAUGCUGUAAACUCUGGUAAAACUGUUGUAUGCACUAUUCAUCAGCCCAGCAUUCAAAUUUUUGAGGCUUUUGAUGAGCUCCUAUUAAUGAAGAGGGGAGGAGAAAUCAUUUAUGCAGGAUCACUUGGUAAUAAUUGUCAUACGCUCAUUCAAUACUUUGAAGCCAUUCCUGGAGUUCCAAAAAUCAAAGAUGGUUACAAUCCUGCUACAUGGAUACUUGAUAUUACAGAUCCUAUGAUGGAGUCUCAGUUGAAUGUGGAUUUUGCUAACAUUUAUGUUGAUUCUGAACUCUAUCGGAAAAAUCAAGAAAUUAUAAAAGAGCUAAGCAUUCCAUCCCUUGACUCUGAGGAUCUUUGCUUCUCAACAAAAUACUCUCAACCAUUCAUCAUUCAAUUCAAAGCAUGUUUUUGGAAGCAAUACAAAUCUUAUUGGAAAAAUCGAUCAUAUAGUCUUGUGCGAUUCUUCUUGACAAUAGCUCUUGGAGUUCUCCUUGGCCUUAUAUUCUGGAACAAAGGAAGUAAACUAGCCAACCAACAAGAAUUGCUGAACCAAUUCGGGAUUUUAUUUUCCGCUCUACUAUUUCUUGGAGGAUGUAAUGCUUUUAAUGUUCAAAUGAUUGCUGCAAAUGAAAGAACAACUUAUUACCGUGAAAAGGCAGCAAUGAUGUACUCGGCUUUACCUUUUGCAUUGGCUCAGUUGGCUAUAGAGGCAAUGUACCUUGCAAUAGUGAAUGUAGUGUAUUGUGUACUCUUAUACUCGAUGAUUGGAUACGAGUGGACAAUUGGGAAAUUCUUGCUCUUCUACUACUUCAUAUUUAUGUGCUUCACCUAUUAUACUACAUUCGGGAUGAUGCUUGUUUCAUUGACACCACGUCCUGAAUUUUCUUCCAUUUUAAUGUGUUUCUUUCUUACCUUAUGGAAUCUAUUUGCCGGAUUUUUUCUUCCGAAAACGCAAAUUCCGAUAUGGUGGAGGUGGUACUAUUGGGCUUCACCGGUUUCAUGGACUAUGCACGGUUUGGUGUGUUCUCAAGUAUGUGACAAGGAUUCUUUACUCGAAGUACCAGAAGUGGGUAAUGUACCUUUGAAGUUCUUUUUGAAACAAGUAUUUGAUUAUGACGAUAACUUUCUGCCCUUUGUAGUUAUUGCACAUGUUUUUUGGGUUUUUCUCUUUUCCUUUGUUUUUGUCUGUGGUAUCAACUUCCUCAAUUUCCAAAAAAGGUAAUAUCGCCUUGGUGGGAGCCUCUAAAAAUCUUCUUGGUGUUGGCCGCUAAAUUGGCAUUGGCUAAUAAAAUGUAGUAAAUCGUAGAAGUAGUAUACAUUAUUCCUACAACUGUAUAAAUAAAUGUGUAAUGGGUGCUCAAAUGCUUUGUUGAUUGAUUCUUAUCAAAUUGCUUACUCCUAUUUUCCCUUUUAUUUCAACAAUAUUACUCUUGCACAUAUUAUUCACCUUAUAUUUUACUUUUUGUAAUUUUUUAAUUACUAACUGGUACCUCCUCCUAUUCAGCCUAAUUGUCCAUUUAUUUUUAGCACUAUUCACUUAUGACUCUUUAUUUGUAUUUUACUCUUAAUCUAUAUGUUAAAACAUAGUCAUGUGGGAUCUUGUUUGAUCCGUCUUAAUACAAGAAUUAUUAAUAUUAAUUUUUUAAAUUUU